CUUUUUUCUUCACCAGGGAACUGAAAAGUCGUGAAAACAUAACUUGUGACGGCAGGUGCUUCUUAUUUGGUAAGGCAGCCAUUUGUGGUUCUGAGCGACUAGAGGAAACAGGAAGCCUCAGGAGAGACUGCUAGCUUCUGACUGCGCCAUGGACACAAAACUGGACCCUUCCCGGGAUGAUCUGCCACUCAUGGCCAACACUAGCUACAUGCUUGUAAAGCACUACAUAUUGGAUUUGGAUGUGGAUUUCGGAAGUCGAGUCAUUGAGGGUACCAUAGUGCUUUUCUUUGGAGAUGGAAACAGAUGUAAAAAACAGAUGAAUUCCAUCCAGGAAACAUUCCAGACGGAGUCAGAAGAAACCUACACACUUAAGACAGCUGAACCCUGUGGUGUUUCUGAGAUGGAUGCAAGUACCUUCUCACCUAAGAUGAGGUAUAGAGAAUUUGCAGUCUGUGGUAAAGAUGAUCAAGAUGCCUUUGAUGAUAGUGGUAUCCAUGACAACCAGCAACAGGAUUCUGAAAUCUCUAGCUCAAAGUACUGCUGUGACACAGGGAAUCAUGGGAGUAAGGAUUUCUUGCUAGUGUUGGACUGCUGUGAUUUAUCUGUGCUAAAGGUAGAGGAGGUGGAUGUGGCCGCUGUGCCAGGCCUUGAGAGAUUUACAAAGGCUUCCAAGCUCGCAGCUACUCCUGAGAAGCUCAGGCGUGAGAUCGUGCAUGACCUCGUGGCUCUGCCUGCAGAUGACUGGAGGGAGCAGUUAGACUGCUACACUCGCUGCAGCCGGGCUCCUGGAUGUGGGGAACUCAGCUUUUACACUGACAACUGGAGCUUACAGAUCAGGAAGAUGGGGGUUCAGACAGCGGCUGACUUUCCUCGUGCCAUCAGGAUACGGUAUAAAACUAAACCCGAGGGGCAGUCGGUGACUUGGACCUCAGACCAGAGUGGCAGGCCAUGUGUUUAUACCAUGGGAUCCCCCAUCAACAACCGGGCCCUUUUUCCAUGCCAGGAACCACCCGUUGCCAUGUCAACAUGGCAGGCUACAGUUCGAGCAGCUGCAUCUUUUGUUGUUUUAAUGAGUGGGGAAAAUUCUGCCAAGCCCACACCGCUUGAAGAAGAAUGCUCUUGCUGGUAUUACUACGUCACCAUGCCAAUGCCGGCCUCCACCUUCACAAUUGCAGUGGGAUGCUGGACAGAAAUGAAGCCCAAGACGGUCCCAUCAGAUGACCUGGUGACUGAGCGCCCCAUGCCCAUCCCACCUUCGGCGGCUGACUUGAGGUUUGCUGACGCCUGCGGUCAUGUGGAAUACCCCUGCAGAUUCCAGAACGCUUCAACUGCCAUGCAGGACUCCAUUCCUCAUCGAGUGUUUGCACCCGAGAGCCUCGAGGGUGCCUGCCAAGAGGCCCUGCUGCCGCUCAUCUGCCCUUGCCUCUCGGCCGCACACACUGUCCUAGGAACACACCCGUUCUCCCGGCUGGACAUACUCAUUGUCCCUGCCAGCUUUCCAAGUCUGGGAAUGGCCAGCCCACACAUCAUCUUCCUCUCUCAGAGCACUUUAACAGGCACGAGGCAUCUCUGUGGGAUCCGCCUUUGCCAUGAAAUCGCUCAUGCCUGGUUUGGCCUAGCCAUCGGAGCCCGAGACUGGACAGAGGAGUGGCUCAGCGAAGGAUUCGCCACUCACUUGGAAGACAUAUUUUGGGCUGAAGCUCAGCAGCUGUCCCCACACGAGGCCCUGGAGCAUCAAGAGCUGAGGGCCUGCCUGCACUGGCGUCGCCUGCAGGAUGAGCUUCAGAACUCCCCGGAGGAAAUGCAGGUAUUACGGCCCAACAAAGAGGAGACCGGCCACGUGAGUGCUUCUGGUGCCUCGAUUGUCAAGCAUGGCCUCAAUCCAGAGAAGAGCUUCAUGCAGGUUCAUUACUUAAAGGGUUACUUCCUUCUUCGGUUCCUAGCCAGAACACUUGGAGAAGAAACUUAUUUCAAAGUUUUAAGAAAAUUUGUGCACCUGUUUCAUGGGCAGUUGAUUCUUUCCCAGGAUUUCCUUCAAAUGCUGUUGGAGAGUGUUCCAGAAGACAAAAGGUUCGGCCUGUCUGUUGAGAACAUCGUCCGGGACUGGCUUGAGUGUUCCGGAAUACCCAAGGCGCUGCAGGAGGAGCGCGAGGCCGAGGACUGCGCGCCGAGUGGACUGGCACGGCAAGUGGGCUCCGAGGUGGCGAAAUGGAUUCGCGUGAACCGCAGACCCCGAAAACGCAAUCGUGGGAAGCAAGAAGCCGCCUUUGAAAAGCUUUCUCCAGACCAGAUCGUCUUGCUUUUGGAUUCUCUCUUAGAGCAGAAGACCCUGAGGCCUCAGACAUUGCAGCGUCUCCAGCAGACCUACCUCCUCCAGGAGCAGGAUGCAGAGGUUCGCCACCGAUGGUGUGAGCUGGUUAUUAAGCACAAGUACACAAAAGCAUAUGAGCAGAUUGAGCGGUUCCUGCAGGAGGACCAGGCCAUGGGUGUGUACCUGUAUGGGGAGCUGAUGGUGAGCGAGGACGCCAGGCAGCAGCAGCUUGCCCACAAGUGCUUCCAGCUGGUGAAGGGCCACAUGGACAGAGCCUCCGCCCAGGUGGUGACUGAUAUGCUGUUUUAAAGAGUCCAGGUCUCCAUGUCUCCACAGUCGCUGGCAGGAUGAUGCCGAUGGCACGCCAGGAGGCCCUGCCCAGCUGUGAUUGGACCCGCCCUCCGGUGCCUACUGAGCUGAUAUCAGUUCUCAUUUCACACACUGGCUCAGUUCAGCAGGAACAGGAGUCGAGCCCUUGAGCAAAAAGCCUACCCAUCUGUAAGUGCCUCAGGCAGGCCUCCCUCGGAGAAGAAGAUGAUGAUGGGCCUGAGUGUCUGCUGCCAGGCGUGGACAGCAGUGGUACCCUCUGUAUGUGCUCCUGUGGUGGGGAUUUGUAGGAUGCAGAGCUAUCCUUGCUCUGGAAGCAGGUAGAGCAGAAGCCGAGCAUUUGCCCCAAGGUUGAGGCAGAGCACGCCCUGUCAUCUGAUGAGUUGAACCUUCUGAAGUAGUGAGAAUACCAGUCUGAAGGGGCUCUGGAUUUAGCCUCCUUGUCAUUGAACCUCUCUGGGCUUCACAGCCCUGCGUGGUCUGUGGUGUGACUGUGCGCCCUAGGCCUAGGAUUGUGAGGUACGGCACCAGUCUUGUCCCUGUCCUCUCAUGAAAGUUCCUUCCCAAGUGGAGGUCAGAGGCCGGGAGGAGCAGUCAGGAGUGACUGUGGUAACUGGGUAAUAAAUUUUAUUGCUGUUCCCUUCACAGGACAGAUCACAGUGAGACUGUCUUUCAUAUGCCUUCUCCAUGCCCUGGUGAGGCCAGGACUGCAUUGACCCUGGACAUCAAAGGGAAGAUUGUGUAGCUGCUAAAACCAUCAGCCCACAGCAGUGGUCAGUUGCAUCUUGGGUUUCUGGUGCCCAGAGCCUGGGCUUCUGCAGCCUAUAUAAAAGGCGGAGCCUCAUAAACUGUUGCACCUGGCAGCUGCCUUUGUUCCCAGGCCCGGAGAGCCUGAGUCGACACACUGGGAUUGAGCUGUGAUUUUCAGGCAGUUGUUGAAGGAAUGAAGAAGGGCAGCCUCCCGCAGGCAGAUGGAAAACUGGCUGCCUGCUUC